UCCCACGAUCCGCACCCCACCAUACCAACGAGAACCAGACCAGCUGCCCGGAAACCCGCCGCUUUCCUCCGUUGGAACUAUCAAUCGUGAAGCUCCGGCCAGUGUCAAUUUCUUCACUGUAGUCUUGCACCGCCUCCUCUCCCGCCGCCGCCGUGUUGCAGAUCCUGCCUGACGACGACCCUUGCCAAAAAUGCCCGCCCAGAAAUGCGUCCACCAGGGCUGCGGCAAGGACUUCACUGACCCCAACGAGAAGUGCGAGUACCACCCAGGCCCGCCCAUCUUUCACGAGGGACAGAAAGGUAGGCAAAUCACAGUCCAUCUAGGGCACUUGGAGGAGCGUCAAUGGGCUAACAACCGCCGCUCCCCCCACACAGGAUGGAAGUGCUGCAAGCCUCGCGUCCUGACGUUUGACGAGUUCAUGAACAUCACGCCCUGCACCACGGGCACGCACUCGACCACGGAUAAGCCCCCGCAGCUCGAGGAAUCCAAGCCGGCCGAGGACGACGCCUCGCUGGCCAAGAAGAUCGCCGCCCUCACGGCCGACGGCCCGACACCCGCGCGCGUGCCCCUCCAGCCCGCGCAGCACGCGCCGACGCCGCCCCCGCCCCCGCCCGAGACGGACGACGAUGACCCGGCGCUGGAGAUCCCAGACGGCAAGGAAUGCAGGCGGCGGACGUGCGGACACAAGUACAAGAAGGGCGCGGCGAGGGAGGGCGAGCAGUGCGUGCACCACCCGGGCGUGCCCAUCUUCCACGAGGGCAGCAAGGGCUACUCGUGCUGCAAGCGGCGGGUGCUCGAGUUUGACCAGUUCAUGAAGAUUGAGGGCUGCAAGACCAAGGACAGGCACCUGUUUGUUGGUAGGGGCGACAAGCAGGAAAAGGCAGGGUCGUCAGGCGAGGAGAUUCUGGAUACAGUCAGACAUGACUUUUACCAGACGCCGACGAGCGUCAUCGCGUCGUUUUUCCUCAAAAAGAUCAACAAGGACAGCGCCAAGGUGGUGUUCCAGGCCAAGCAGCUGACGCUGGACCUCACGACGACGGACUCGCCCCCCAAGCGGUACUCGGCCGAGGUGCCGCUCUACGGGGCCAUUGACGGGGAGAAGUCGUCGUACAAGGUGCUGGGGACCAAGCUGGAGCUGAGCCUCGCCAAGGCGGACGGGGCGUCGUGGCCGGUGCUGCGAGGCGACGAGGCGACGACGGGGGAGAUUCUGCAGAUUGGGCGUGCAGGGCGGGCGUAGGAGCGAAGCCGCAUGUUCGUAGCUCCCUCCAGCUACCUACCGACAGACAUGCUAGGCCGGAGCUGCCUAGAAACUUUGUAGAACAAGAAUUGUAGAGACCUUUGUAGAGUGUGGAGUAUGGGGUCACUGGCGGCGAGGGAGCGGUCACAAUUCAAGGCUUUGAUUGAGCGCGGUGCGAGCAUUGAGGUCUGGGUAGCUGGACGCGACGAACCUCGGUGCACUGGCGAGUGAGACCACGACUCACUGCCUCCGACUACCGGAGGCGUUGUAUACGGGCGCACUGUACGUGGGUGAAGGUGGUCAGAACAGGAAUAAUGCCUUGGGCAAUUGUUUACACCCCCUUAUUCAUGCGAUGAUGCAGCCGGGGGGGGGAACAUGACAGCCAGCUGGCAUAUUUUGGCUGAAAGGCGCCGCCCCGUGCCGCGGCGAUGAUGAUGAUGAUGCUGGUGGUGAUGGGGAUGCGGACUGAUAAGGAACUUGAGCAUGGCGGUGGUGGCUUGCCCACCACUGUGGCCCCCCCGUCAAUUUCGGGUACGUAAACGUGCGAGGCGUUGAGAUGGCAUGAGGUGCGUCGGCGCGGGCUCCGAUAACGAACAGUACCUACAAGUGGUAACUUAGUGCUGAUAAAGACUGGGGGGGGGGGGGGGGGGCGCUCGCGCG